AUGAAACUGAGAGUCGAAGACAAAACAGGCUUCAAACAGCCAGACUAUAAGAAAAGAAUGAUUUCAAAUGAAACUGAAACUGACAGAGAAAUCAGGUUACAGAAAUAUAAUGCACUUCAAAAAAGAAAAAGGUCAGAUCAAUCUCCUUCUGAGAGAAAAGAAAGGCUUGAUAAAGUUAGAGAAGAUAUGAAAACAAAGCGGCAAAAAAAUCGACCUGUACCUGUACUUUCUCAGGAAGACUAUUUGAAAGAAUUUGAUUCUGUCAAAUAUGGUAAACUACGUGAACAAAGUUGGACAAAGUCAUUUAUGUCAAAAUUCCAUAGUUCAAUUAACUUUUCAGUUUUUCAGUGUACUGUUUGUCAUGAGGCAUGGCCAUUGAAAUCAGAACCUAGGUCACAAGACACUUACAUAUGCUCACGAUGUGAUAGGGACAAAAAAAUCCCGAAAAAGUUUUCGAAAGAAAAUUCUAUGAUCCCUUCUCCAAUUCCUCCUCAGUUGCAAGGUUUGACUCAGGUAGAAGAGAUGUUAGUUGCUCGUGCACUACCUAUAAUGAGAGUUUAUAUUAAACCUGGUGGCCAACGAGGUUAUUCUGGGCAUUGUGUAAAUCUGCCCCAACAUGUUGAUGAACUUGCAUCUUCAUUGCCACGAUAUCCAAAAGAUCUGUCUGUGAUCAUUGUUAAGAUUAAGGGUAAAGAAAAUACCUUCAAAGAUGUUAAUGUCAGAAGGCAAAAAGUUCUUGAUUCCUUAUUGUGGCUUAAGCAAAUAAUCCUCAUUAUAAAAAUGUAGAAAUUGAUACUCAGGCACUAAAUGAAUUGCCUGUUGAUGGAACACCAUCAAAUCGUUUGACUGUGGAGACAAAUGAUGACGUUGUCACUCCUGAAACUGUUGGAAAUGAUGUAGGUCCACCUACUGAUAAUUCAUCUGAAGAUACUGUAUAUAGCGAUUCUACUGAAACAAGUAGUUUUUUACCCAUUGGUGAACAACAUCAACAAGAACUAGAUGCUGUAAGAAAUCAGCUCUCUGCUGAAGAACCAAUGUCUUGGCCCACAGUUGAAGAUCAGCCAUUAAAUGAAUACCAAACCCAAUAUCUUGCAACCAUGGCAUUUCCUACACUAUUCCCUGAUGUAAAGGGAGACCCAACAAAUCAAGCACUCCAAGGAAAUGUUCCUCUUCCUGAGCGAAUCAAGCAUCUUAUGAAAUUUGCGGAAAAAAAUGAUGGUAAGUGGCUAUACCGAUUUUCUAGUCAUCCCAGAUUUUGCUACUGGGCAUUUAAUAUGAUUCAGAGAAUGAGAACUUUGCAACAAACUGGGAUAUUUCUGAAACAGAAUCCAGGCGAAGCACAUCUUACUAUUGAUGAGUUGCGUGAAAAGGCAGCAAGUGACAAUUCUGCUGCCUUCAUUUCUAAGAUGUCUAGGCAUGUUGCUAACAUUGCUGGUUCAAAUGCUUAUUGGCAUAGGGUAAAAGAAGACCUUAAGGCAAUAAUAACAAAUGUUGGAACACCAACACUGUUCUUUACAUUUUCAUCAGCUGACAUGCAUUGGCCUGAACUUCACUCCUUGUUUGGAGAGAACAGUGACAACAGCAGUGAGGCUAAACGACAAAAUGUCAUUAGUAAUCCGCAUCUUGUUGUUGGUUCUUUACUCAAAGAUUAG